CAGAAAAGGGGGCGGGGGGACUCGACUUGUUGUGUUGCUGCCCGAGAGCCGGAUACUGUCGUGCUGCGGCCGCGGCGCUCCCAGUCACCCGACCAUGUCUCACUUAGUUGAGCCGCCGCCACCCCUGCACAACAACAACAACAACUGCGAGGAAGGGGAGCAGCCCCUGCCGCCUCCCGCCGGCCUCAACAGUUCCUGGGUGGAGCUACCUAUGAACAGCAGCAAUGGCAAUGAUAAUGGCAACGGGAAGAAUGGGGGGCUGGAGCACGUCCCUUCCUCUUCCUCCAUCCACAAUGGAGACAUGGAGAAGAUCCUUCUGGACGCACAGCAUGAGUCGGGACAGAGCAGCUCAAGAGGCAGCUCUCACUGUGACAGCCCUUCACCACAAGAAGAUGGACAGAUCAUGUUUGAUGUUGAGAUGCACACCAGCAGGGACCAUAGCUCUCAGUCAGAAGAAGAAGUUGUAGAAGGAGAGAAAGAAGUUGAGGCUUUGAAGAAAAGUGCAGACUGGGUAUCAGACUGGUCCAGUAGACCCGAAAACAUCCCACCCAAAGAGUUCCAUUUCAGACACCCUAAACGUGCUGUCUCUCUAAGCAUGAGGAAGAGUGGAGCCAUGAAAAAAGGGGGCAUUUUCUCUGCAGAGUUCCUGAAGGUCUUCAUCCCGUCUCUCUUCCUUUCUCACGUGUUGGCUUUGGGGCUGGGCAUCUAUAUUGGAAAACGACUGAGCACACCUUCUGCCAGCACCUACUGAGGGAAACGAAAAGCACCUGGAAAUGCGCGUGGCCUGUGAAGUGGUGUAUUGUAGUUUGAAUUUGAGACCUAUUGUAAGCAUGAUCCCCAACCUACAACCCUAUUUUUACAUACCCAAUCCCAGUAACUCUCAAAUCCAGUAUUUUACUCAAACUCUGUUGAGGGAUUUUACUAACCUUCUUCCCUUUUUGGCCUGUAAGACACUUUAGAGAUUCCUAACAGAAUUUCCUGUCGUUUAGAAAUUUGCAAGGGCUUUUUUCAGCAAUGCCACCAGCAGAUUAUAACCUUGUCAACAAUGCCAUCAUUUCCUCUUAGUACCACCAGAAUCACACCUGCAUCAUUCAUGCUAGAAGCUGAAUUCUAGCCAUGCAACUACAUCUCUUUCUAAAUGAGGUCAGGUUUGCAAACAGUACUAUAAAAGCUUUGUUUAGUUUUUGUUUUCCAGAACAAAAACAAGCUUCCCUAAGCUUGAAUUUAUAGUUAUUAAAAACAAAAGAAAACCAAACCAAAAAAAAAA